AUGGAGCUCCUCAAAACCUGCAGUAACAAUGGAGGCAUACAACAUGACCUUCAAUCGUCGUCUGACUUCAAUGCCUCCCCACAUUACACAUUCUCCGACGACAUCGACAGUGGCACCUCUACUCCUUACGUUAGUGCUCCGUCCAGUCCUGGCCGUGGACCGCCGCAUUCUUACGGAGGCGGAUUCUUCUACAGUGCUCCUGCUAGUCCUACACAUCAUGCCUAUUCAAAUACGGACUCCGUUUCUUUUGUUCCUCUAGAAGGAUCGGGCGGCUCUUUUGAGUUCGAGUUCACGGUAAGGCAAGAAACCACCGGAGCAGCUCCCUCCGGAUCCAUGAGUUCCGCUGAUGAACUCUUCUUGAACGGCCAGAUCCGUCCAAUGAAGCUCUCCUCUCACCUUCAACGUCCUCAGGAUCUCGCUCCGUUGAUCGACGUUCUCGAAAACAACGGAGAAAAUGGCGGUGAUGAAGAGGUAAAGUUUGGUAGAGACAGGUACAGAUCCAAAAAACCGUUAAGGAGAAGAGCUAGGUCUAUGUCGCCGUUGAGGACGAACAGCGCAUUUCAAUGGUUGGAGGAAUUUGAGGAUGGAAGAGAAUCUACUGAAAUCAAGGAGGAAUUGGAAUUAGAAGCUGAAGAGAAGCAGAGAGCUGACGAAGAUAAUGAAAUUCCGUCGUCCGGUGCAUCAUCGCGGUCAUCCUCCGUCGGUCGGAGCUCAAAACGAUGGGUGUUUCUGAAGGAAUUACUAUAUAGAAGCAAGAGCGAAGGACGGAACCGCAACCACAAGUUGUGGUCGGCAUUGUCUUUUACGCCUUCUUCUUCUGGUAAGAAAGAUAAGAAAUCACCAAAAGCAGAGGAUGGAAACAGCAACAGCACGGCGCCGGCGGAGGGGCCAUCGCCUAAAACGACGACAAAGAAAGUAGUAAACGGAGUCGGCGUGAAUAGGAAGAGGAGCAUGGGACGAUCAGCACAUGAAGUGCAUUACACGAUCAAUCGAGCACAAGCGGAGGAGAUGAGGAAGAAGACGUAUCUUCCUUACAGACAAGGGUUGUUGGGUUGCAUAGGGUUUAGUUCAAAGAGUUACGGAGCCAUGAAUGGAUUUGCAGCAGCUUUCAAUCGUGUUCCAUCCAGGUAA